UUGGACGACAGUGGCGGUCUAUGCAGAAAACAAUUACGCACAUUUCACAUCUACGAUACCAAUUGCCUGGGGCUACGGGUUAAUCAGCAUCCUCAUGAUCCUCAUGACAUACUUGAAAGCACCCUACCAUGGCCUUCUAAAAUACAGAUAAAUAAGUACUUUACUAUGGUCAACACUUUUGCAUUUUGAAACGCAUCACAAGUCAGCUGACUGGAUUGAAGCUACUAGUUCUUUAAAUAGGAAGAAGCAUUUUGUGAUAAAUUUUUUAAAUAUGGCACUACAUUCAGCAAUAAAGGGGAAGCUUGUCUCUGUUAUAGGUGACGAAGAUACCUGUGUGGGCUUUCUUCUCGGAGGAGUUGGAGAGAUAAAUAAAAAUAGACAUCCAAAUUUUAUGGUAGUUGACAAGAAUACCAGUGUCAGCGAAAUUGAAGAAUGCUUCAAGCGAUUUGUGAAAAGAGAUGAUAUAGAUAUCAUCCUCAUCAAUCAAAAUGUUGCAGAAAUGAUUCGUCAUUGUAUUGACAGUCACCUUCAACCUGUACCAUCAGUAUUAGAGAUUCCAUCAAAAGACCAUCCUUAUGAUCCUACGAAGGACUCCAUUCUGCGUCGAGCUAGGGGAAUGUUUAACCCAGAUGAUUUUAAAUAAACUUCACACAAGCCAGGCUUCCUUUUUUAAUAUAUGUAAACUACUGCCAGGUACACAUCUGGGCAAUAGAUAUUGCCCUUUGUAAAUGGUGGUUGUAACAUAAAUAUGGACUAGGUAAUGUACAGUAGUGUAUGUUUUGAUGUGGUGUUGGAAUAAUGUGUAUAUAAUUGCGUGUAUUAUAUUGAGAAUUGCAAUAUUUUCUUUCGGGUUCUAUUAGAGAAUUCCACGAGUCUUCAUUCCACCGUGUUUGUAAAACAGAUUUUAUUGAGCACAAAAAUGUUAAAAUUCACAUACAGUGUGAAUUUCUUAUAAUUCUAGAACCAUAAAAAUAAAUUGUUUCAACAACAGAGAAAAAUAGAUUGUGAUAUCCCAUUCAUUACACAUGUUAGUACGUAUUUAAGGCUUUAUAAAACAUGGACACAUCAAUUAUCAGGACACACAAUAUUUCAUGUUUCUAUCAUGACAUUUACUACAGUCAACAUAAUAUACCCGUGCAGUUCGAAGGUGUGGGUAGUAAAGUUAUUGCAAUGUGAAUUUUUUGUCAGUUCCUUAAACAGUGUAAAAUUGUAGCACAUGUAACAAACUGGAAAAUCAAACUUUAAAUACUGUAUAUCAAGAACAUCAAUGUAAAAAACAGUAAAUUCACAGAGUGAAUAAGAUUUAAAAGCAAUAGUAAUACCAAAUGUGCUGUAAACAACAGACAUACAGAAGUCUCCCAUUGUAUUUGGUGAGGGUGGGACAGUAAGACUACAUUAUAUCUGUAAAAGACAUUAGGGGAGCCACAGGGUAGCACAGUCGGUAUAGCGACCAGAUACAGGUUCAACAACCCAGGGGCCAGAGUUCAAAUCCCGGUAGAGUCAAGAAUUUUCUCUUCCUCACGUUGUCCAGACCGCCUCUGGGGCUCACCUGGCCUUCUGUCCAGUGGGUACCAGAGGGCAAAGUGGCAGGGGUGUGACACUGAGCACUCACAUCCAACUAGUACCAAGGUCAAGAAAACAUGGAUCUCUACAUCCACUACCCCAUAUGCCUUCAUGACAUAGUGCUUAAUUAGUUAAGCACAGGGACUUCACCUUUUUUUUUUAAAAGGCAUCAUCCUGUCUCUGUCAGUGCCUCUUGCUGGUCUUACCUGGAUAUUAUAUACAGGAUGCUACAGUAUUAAACAUAUAAUUUGGAAUAUCAUAUUUAGAUGCAGAUAUAUGGGUAAUGCAAUGUAUUACAAUACCCUAACAUAUGGUGAAGUAAUAUCAUGAAAUAUGGCAAUAAAUAACACUCUUCUUUCAGGUAAAAUUGAAGUACAACAGAAAUGUGACUUAAUGAUCAUGACGUUAACUUUUUAUGAUUACUGAAACUGAUUUUUAAGUUUAUUUUCAUAUCUGUAUGCAUGGGGACCAAAUUCUUAUUUAUGUUUUGUGCACUGAGACCUUGGUCCCACAUAUCAUGUACACAGACUACUUAAAGUUCAAAAUGUAGUGAGGUUUUGAAGCCUUGGACUUGACAUUAACAUUGAAACCUGUGAACUGCACUUUACCCAGGACUAUAUGUGAGUAAAGCCAUCAGUAAAACUAGUCUGAAACAUAUUUGGGACCAUGUCAUACCACAAGUAGUCCACCUUAUAUAAAGAAACUCCUCUGUGCACAUUAUCUCUGGUGUGGAGAUUGUAACCCCAAUAUAUGUUCAAAAUACGUAGGGCAGUCAAAAAGUUCCCAGAAUUCCCCUGCAGAUGGAGAACGAGUGAUAAGAUAGUGCACACACUGCUGUGGUGGGAAGAUCAGCAUGUCUGCUCACAGACAUAACAGGUCUGGACAGGUUUAAGUGUGCAGUGUCAUUACUGUUCCGUUUGAAUUAGACGUGAGUGUUGGUCAUUCGGCGCAAUGUCGCAGUUCGAACAGCGUAUGAAUAUUAAGUUCAUGUGCAAAUUGGGAAAAUCUGCUUCAGACGCAAUCGGCCCUGCAGCAAGUUUACGGUGAUACUGCACUAAAGAAAUCCGCAGUUCACGGCUGGUUUCCCCAGUUCAAGAAUGGGCAGGAGAGGAUGACCAGCACAGUGGGAGACCGUUGACAUCCAGAACUGAAGAAAUGAUUGGAAAAGUGCGACAUCUGAUUCAAUGUGAUCAAAGAAUGACCAUCGCGGAGUUGGAGCAAGAAGUUGGUACUGUUACUGGCCAUUUCUAUGUGCACGUUUUGCAGAGGGUGCGCGAUGCGGUUCAGAGGAAGUGGCACAAGUGGCAGGGACAGCGGUUUCUGCAUCACGAUAACGCACUGAGCCACACAUCACUUGUUGUGCAGCAAUUUCUGGCUGAGAAGAACAUUCCUGUCAUCACUCAACCACCGUAUUCUCUGGAUCUUGC